AUGGGUCGCUCAGCCAAGAUGAUGAAGCGCCCGACGCAGAAGCAGAAGCAGGUUUCGAAGAUCGCAAAGGCCGCUGCUCAACCCCUCAAGAAGCGUGAGCCGAGUCCCGAGCCUGUUGAGGCGCCGAGUGGCGGAGGAAAGAAGAAGCGCAAGAGCAUGCGCACGAAGGCCGACAAGAAGUCAAAGGCCUGA